AUGUCGAAUAUCAUGAACCUCACUGAAUCCCAUCUCGCUCCUCUCCCCUUCGCAGGCGACUUCCUAGUCCCAAUCCCAGACGAGGAACAACUCUGGGGCCUAAGCCCCAUCUCCCCAAUGACCGGCUCAACCUGGGACCCCAGCAAAGCCGACUCGGCAGCCUUUACCCAUUCCGCCAUGGAACGCGAUCUCAAAAACGCCCAAGUCCGCAAUGGCCAACCAACCCCUCCCCCCUACGACGAACAACAAUCCGCCAACCACCUGCCUGUCUCAGCCCUCGACAUGGCAAUGAGCAUGAGCAUGGACAGCAGCGCAAGCGCCUCAAAGCGCCGUCGCGUCCGCGAGUACACAGCCGCAGCGGCAAGUCUCAGCCCAGAACUAGAUCUAGACGACGGCGGACCAAUGGACAGUGCGAAACGAACCAAGUUCCUCGAGCGCAACCGUCUCGCUGCUAGCAAAUGUCGUCAAAAGAAGAAAGAACAUACCCAGCAGCUGGAGUUCCGCUACAAGCACCAGUCGGAGAAACAUCAGUCUCUCAUGACGGAGAUUGCACGACUGCGUUCGGAGGUCCUAGGGCUGAAGAAUGAAGUACUGAAACAUUCUCAGUGUGGUGAUGAACCUAUCAAAAUGCAUCUCGCGCAGAUGCUGAAGAAGAUCACUGAUGUCGAUAGUCAGCCGUCGGCUGUUGCUGCGGUAGGUGCUAUGCCGCAGUCGCCUGUGCCUCUGCCGGAGGAUUCGUCCAUCUCGCCGCUUGAGCCGGCCGCUGCUGUUACCACUGCUGCUAUUGCUGCGGCGAUUGCUAUGCCUGUGUCUAUGGCUGCGCAGCCUGGGCAGGCGGCGUUGUCGUUUGGGUUUGACGAUCCGUUGCAGUUGGAGCCGGGGGCUGCGGCGGCGGCGGAGGCUUUUGGGCAGCAGAUGAGGAGGGAUUCGGAGGCUUCGCUUGUCUCGGAAGGUCCGUUUGCUUUUUCUGCGGAGGAUACUUUUGAUGAUUUAAUCAAUGUGUGA